AUGUUCGAGAAUCUCAGUCUCCGAACUCCAUAUCCUCCACCGCAAGAAGGAUUCUGGGGACAGCCAACGUCAACCCUGAACUGGUGCGAGGAAGACUAUGUCAUCAGCCAUUAUGCUGCCGAAAUCACAAACACCUUGACCAACGCUUUGUUCGUUGCGCUGGGCAUUCGGGGUGUGCGGAAUUGCCUCAAGUACAGACAUGACACGGUAUUUGUCAUCGCAUACCUGGGCUAUUUGUUGGUAGGCUGCGGUAGCGUUGCUUUCCACGCGACUUUGUCAUAUCCAAUGCAGCUCGUAGAUGAGCUUUCAAUGAUCUAUACAACAUCUAUCCUCUGUCAUGCAAUCUUUACACAAGACAGGUCUCGCCUGUUCUCGAUAUUCCUCGGUAUCGGACUCGUUGCGCUGUCCAUCUCGAUCACGGCAUAUUACCACUAUAUUCAAGACCCUACAUUUCACCAAAAUGCCUUUAGCAUCCUUUUUCUCGCCACAGUGUUCCGAAGCCUAUACACGAUGGAAGCAAUUUUACGACCCAUGUUGAGCAAAACUCACAUAAACAAGCCCCCCAGGACUUCGGUCUCAAACAAGGAAACGCGAAGCUCUCCGGUACAAAGUGAUCGGGCGAUAAUUUGUGAGAUGCGAUGGAUUGUCGCCAUGGGAUUCAUCACCUGUGCAGCAGGUAUCACUGCCUGGAAAGUGGACAACAUACACUGCGGUGAUCUUGUCCGGUGGAGACAUGAGGUGGGACUGCCGUGGGGUAUACUCCUCGAAGGCCAUGGUUGGUGGUAUGUUAUUGCACUGAGAUAA